AUGUGGUGCGCCUUCGAACAGUGGGCUUCAGAGAAUACCAUGGCGAUGACUACCUUUCUUUCCUUCACCAUGGGCUAUUUCGCCUACUACGCAGGGGGAAACAUCAACGUGAAGCCGCAGCAGGUCGAUUCACUCAGCGACGAAGACGUCAGGAUCCUCGAGAUGGGCAGCAAGAUGGAGUUCGUCACAUGGUACACCUAUCCCAGCUUCGUCUGGGUAUUGAAGUUCAGCAUCAUCUUUUUCUACCGACGCCUCACUAAGGGCCUGAUAAAAGAUCGGACACUCAAAUUCCUCUUCCUCGUUUGCGGGCUGACCUGGGUGGCGCUCAUCGCGACCGUGAGCUCUACAUGCUGGCCCUUCCACGACAACUGGACGGUGCGCCCCCUGCCCGGUGAGCACUGCAUCUUUCGGGCCCAGAACUUUUACGCCCUGGCCGUGCUCAACGUCAUCACCGACGUCUUCAUCCUGACCAUUCCGGCCCCGAUGCUCUGGCACCUCCGGUUGCCACUGUGGAAGCGCGUCGGCGUCACCUGCCUUUUGUGCGGCGGCCUCUUUGUCAUCUCGGCCGCCAUCAUCCGCGCCGCGUUGACGCUCACGGCGGCGCCGAGCGUUUUGACCAUCAAUAUAUGGGGUUACAGGGAGACUGUCGUCGCGCUGCUGGCCGUCACGGCCCCUGUGUUGAGUCCGCUGUUCAGGCCGGGGUUCUGGAAGCGAGGGGCGCGCAUUGGCAGGCCGGUCGAUGCGCUGCACCGCGAGGCUGAGGAGGAGCUCGGGGCGAUAGAGAGGAGAAGACGGAGGCUGUUCUCGUCGAAAAUCAAAUGGGACUUUGGAAGCAGUCUGAUGGAGACGUCUUACCUGUCGGUCAAGUCGAGCAUGAGGUCCGCCAUCAUGACCACCACCACAGUGCGCCACGUGGAAUCUGAUAUUGAGGCUGCUGCUCCACAGACUUGCGCAGGAGGCAAUCAGGGCUCAGGUGGUGGUGACGCGCACAGGGUGCCAGAAGGUGGUGUGCAUACUGGGAUGGACUUUAUUACCGGCUCCUCUCUUCUAGCUGGAAGCGAAGAGAAUGUGAACUUAUCGCGGCCCGAAAAUAGCAAUUACAAGAAAACCAAGCAUGAAUUAUCUUAUCAUUAG